AUGAUUCAUCAUCCACCCGUAACAGUGGACGAGCAACCUUCCUUGAUUGUGGACCACCACCCUCCUGUGGUUGUAGAUGAACAGCCGCCUGUUAUUGUGGAACAUCAUCCACCAGUGGUUGUAGAUCAUUAUCCACCUGAAAUUGUGGAUCAUCGCCCACCAGUGGUUGUGGAUCAUUACCCACCAGUAGUCGUGGAUCAUCAUCCACCAGUGGUUGUGGAUCAUUAUCCACCUGAGAUUGUAGAUCACCACCCGCCAGUCAUUGUAGAUGAACAACCACCCGUGACUAUUGAUCAGUACCCACCACCACCUGGCUAUCCCUACCCUCCACCACCAGACGGAUAUCCACCGAGUAUGUAUCCACCUGGAGUAUAUCCACCGGUCGGAUACCCACCAAGCGGAUACCCACCACAUGGAGGAUACCCAGGAGGGUGGCGAUCC